AGGAGACCCCGCUGCGGAGGGCGGUGCCAGGCCGGGCCGCCCCGCCGCCGCUCCUGCCAACGGCCACAGCCAGGCUCCCGCCCCGCCCCGCCCCGCCUUGCCCGGCCCGGCCCUGCCCUGCCCUGCCCUGCGGAUGUGGAGCCGGCAGCCGGCGCAAGCUCUCAAAAGAUGGCGCAAAGCUGGUCUUUCCUGGAUAUUUAUGAGUCUGACUUCAGGCCUCUGGUAGUAAUUGAGCUUGCCAAAAGCGCCAAAGUGGAAACCAUAGAAUGGUUCACUAAAAGAAUUGCGGACAAAAAAGCAAAGGGAGGUGCACAACUGCUGGUUAAACCGUUGCUCAGCGAAAAAGGAGGUGAAAAUAUUUAUCUAGUUGGAGCUUCCCACUUAAGGCUGUUGCUGGGAGCUGAAACUGUGGGUUUGGUGAAGGAAUGUAAUGAUAACUCAAUGAGAACUUUUACAUAUAGCAGCAGAAAAACUUUCAAAGACUUUGAAGAUGACAAUCACAAUUUCCUUACAAUGGCGGAAUGUCAGUAUAUCAUCAAACAUGAACUUGAAAAUUUGAGAGCUAAAGAUGAAAAAAUGAUCCCUGGAUAUCCUCAGGCAAAGCUGUAUCCAGGAAAAUCAAUUGUGAGAAGAUUAUUGACCAGUGGUAUUCUAGUUCAGAUUUUCCCACUGCAUGAUAGAGAAGAGUUGAAAAAGCUCUGUCACAGCUGGUAUGGGCGAGUGAAAGUUGGCUAUCAACCUUUAGAUGAGAUACGCUGCUACUUCGGUGAAACCAUUGCGCUCUACUUUGGCUUCUUAGAAUAUUUCACGUUUGCUUUGAUUCCAAUGGCUGUCAUUGGGAUUCCUUAUUACGUGUUUGCAUGGGAAGACUAUGACAAAUACGUGAUGUUUGCCACAUUCAAUCUGCUCUGGUCCACUGUGAUACUGGAAGUUUGGAAGCGGAUUUGUGCCACCAUGACAUACCGUUGGGGAACACUGCUGAUGAAACGACAGUUUGAAGAACCAAGACCAGGCUUCCAUGGCAUCCUGGGUGUCAAUCCCAUCACUGGGAGGGAAGAACCAGUGUACUCAAGUAUUAAGAGACAGCUGCGGAUUUAUCUGGUGUCAUUACCAUUUGUGUGCCUUUGCCUCUACUUCUCACUGUAUGUCAUGAUGAUUUACUUUGACUUGGAAGAGUGGGCUCUGGAUUAUCAUGAGGAGAAUGACUCUAACUUCAGCAGCUUGAUGCUGUUUGUGCCCAGUAUCAUAUAUGCUGUUGUGAUUGAAAUUAUGAACCGUAUCUAUCGGUAUGCUGCUGAAUUCUUAACAUCAUGGGAAAAUCACAGGCUGGAAUCUUCAUAUCAAAAUCAUUUAAUUCUGAAGGUUUUAGUGUUCAACUUCUUAAAUUGCUUUGCAUCUCUCUUCUACAUUGCCUUUGUGCUGUUUGAUAUGCACCUUUUGAGGCAGAGCUUGGCCACUUUGCUGAUAACUUCGCAGAUCCUCAAUCAGUUGGCAGAAUCCUUGCUUCCUUACUGGCUCCAAAAGAGGUAUAACAAGAGGAUGAAGAAACGUCUGUGUUCUCCAGAAACGGAUAAAGACCUGUCAUUAGCUGAACAAGUCAACUUGGAGAAAGAAAUGGGCACCUAUUGUGGUACUUUUGAUGACUACCUGGAGUUGUUCUUACAGUUUGGCUAUGUGAGUCUUUUUUCAUGUGUUUAUCCACUGGCAGCUGUCUUUGCAGUGUUAAACAACAUCACAGAGAUAUAUUCUGAUGCCUUAAAGAUGUGUAAUGUUUACAAGCGUCCAUUUGCAGAACCCACAGCAAAUAUUGGUGUUUGGCAGUUGGCUUUUGAAACUAUGAGUGUAAUAUCCGUUGUUACUAAUUGCGUACUGAUUGGAAUGUCUCCACAAGUGAAUGCCCUUUUCCCAGACUCAAAAAUGGAACAUAUCCUGACUGUGGCAUUGGUAGAGCACUUGCUACUGGCAAUAAAGUUUAUCAUCGCAUUUGUAAUUCCUGAUAAACCAAGAGAUAUCCAGAUAAAACUCGCCAAAUUGGAAUUUGAAUCUCUAGAGGCUCUCAAACGACAGCAAAUGAAGCUCGUGGUUGAGUCACUGAAGGAGUAAACAUGAAGGAAUGAGGAUGACUAAAGCAGUCACAUGUGGAUGCCAGCACCGCUUGGGCGUUUGUUUAUGAGGAUGUGUAGCGCUCAGAGCAUGCACUCACCAUCUAGUGAGUAGGUGGCACCUGCCUAUAGGACACUUGGUAAAUAUUUUUUGCCUGACACUGUAAAAAAAGGUAUUUUCUCCUGCUCUCUUUGUUUCUUAUAUGCAACCGUUAGUGAAAUAUAUGCAAUAUAUGCAACCAAAUAAAGCACUCCAGCUUAUACUAGGUCUGGUUGAGAUCCGCCAGGCUCACUGUGCUUCAAAUGAUUGAAACCAGAUCCUGUGAGCAAGCAUCCAGAAGCUCACUAGAGUUUCCAACUACAACUUUGUAAAAGGAAAAAAACCAAGAAGGUUGACUAGUAUUUAAUUCAGUGUUUUGUCAUUUUGGGGUUAUUGCCCCUUUUGUUCCUUUAUUACAAUAGCUUAUCAAUCCUGUAUUAUUUCAGACUUGCUUAUUAGCUACUGUUUGCACCUAGCAAAUUAAUUUAAACGUUUUAUAUAUCACAUAAUGAAAUACAUGUUGGUUCCUUAUAUGAUAUGAGAAAUAGUUGAACAUAACUAUUAUAAAGUAUGCAUUAUAUAUCCCCUGUGUGCUAGCUAUCCAAAUAAGCCUCAGCUAAAACCUUUUCGAAAGCUGGGUGAAACGCAUUCAGUGGGAAGCAGAUUGCUGUUCAGUAAUUUAUGAAGGGUAUUUAUUUUUUAAUUUACACUAGAUUUUGGUAUCAUUUCCCUUGAUUUUGAACUGCAGUGUUGUAUGAAUGGAUCUGCUGGUUAAAUGAACUGAUAGUAACAGAUCAAUUAAACUUGGCACUUGAUACACAA